AUGUGGAAUAAUGACUUGGACGUACACAGAGUUGUUAGGCAUGUUGUGCCUGCUUUCCGAGAUCAGUUGACAGGCCUGCGUCCUGAAGAGUUCGUAUGGCAGCCCUAUUCAGAGGACGUUCUCGCUUCUCUUCCUGCGUAUUGUACUGCAGGUGCGGACAUUUGGAGGUCCGUAACGUAUCUUAUUUGCUGGGAUGUGGUUGAGCCGCACCUCCCUCAUCGGGUUAUGCGGCAAUUUGGGUUUCAUCAGUCACUGCCUGAUAUGAGGCUGACAGAUAAUCAGGCAGCUCUACAUUCUCUGGAUCGUCGUGGUAGGGCGAAUCAAGACUGGAGCACUACGCAUGGACACUACAUUGAUAUUUGGACUGAUCGACGUGUGCAUGUACAAGAUGGCACUAUAAUUGAAGAUACUACAUAUCCAUCGGAUGAGUAUGUUCAGUGGUAUCGGGAGCGGACGGUGAUUUAUAUUUCAAAUCCAAGUCGAUUUCCCGCUUUCCCAGUGGGUUUUCAGGGGGAUAGCGCUAGGGCACAAUAUCUUAGCGAUGCCAUGUCUCGCAUGUAUUUCAUGGCACAGGACUCUCUUGCAGUUAGUGAUGAACAACACAGUAGAUAUUUUCAAGAGUUAGGCGACUUUGCAUCCACAUCUUUGCAUCAUGUAGGAGAGUCACGCCGACUUGCAUUUCGCCCUCCACACGUACCACAGGAAAUUCCGCUAUAUGCUGAUCCGUGUCGUGUGCAGCGAGCUCCUAGAAAUACUCGCAGAAGUCAGCAUGGCGGUGGACGACAUCGUAGACUCCGAUCACCAGAUCCCGCCAUACAAACUGAAUUCCAUGGAGGUUCGAUUGCUACUGAGGACCAAGCUGGCGCAUCUACUGUUCUCACACCUCAGACAGAAAUCAUGCACGAGAGAGGUGUAUCGAUUGGACAUUCUGUAUCCCCUAUGACUUUCCCAGAGUUUACGCCCGAUAGGGACUCACAUCAGCAUACUUCGGGGCAAUGUCAAGGAGGUGAAGGUACAAGCGCUCAAAUUCACCAAGCUACACUGUUGGCACAUAUUACUCAAGGCCAUACAGUAGUGCCAAACCAACCACGUCGAAGUCGAAGAAUACCGAAACCAACAACAUGUGGUACUCAUGGAAAACUUGGGCAGCAUUGA